AUGGCUUCAGGAAAAGACACUUGUCCUGUCUUACCUAAACUUGUCAACAACCGUUCUGAUGAGAAUUCAUAUAAGCCUGCUGAUAAGUAUAAUGAGGUUCAUUUGCCACGGUUUUCAUUAAAGCAAGGGAUGAUCCCAAGACAUUAUGUUAUGCCUUGGAAAGAAAACAUGAAAUUCAGGAAUGUGAAUCUGAAGCAUGCAGAAGCAUGUGGGAUCCAUGCUGGCCCUUUAGAAGACUCUCUGUUUUUGAAUCACAGCGAAAGGCUUUGCCAUGGAGAAGACCGUAAAGUUGUCUUGAAGAAAGACCCACCAGAAAAAAAAACUGCAGACCUGCCUUUGCAUUCACCUCUCUCCAGAUACCAAAGCACUGUGAUUUCCCAUGGCUACAGGAGGCGACUGGUCUGA